AUGUCGGAUUGCAUUGAGGGAGCACCUCCACAACCGCCACAAGAUGUGGGCGAUUUGCCUCCCACUACGGCGCCUACCGAGCCUGCGACGAACACAAUUUGCAUCAACACGAGUGAGAUGCCCCAAUCUCACAUUAUGGCGUUGGACCAGUUAAUUCAGUUGCAAUGCAAUAAAUUAGAGAAGCAGCUGGUUGCGUUGAAGGUUAAGCGCCAGCUGCUGCACAUGGGCGAGGGGGUUGUGUUGUCAGUGAAUGACCUGAUGUCCGAUGUAUCUACGGAUUGCAGUAAAGAGCUGAUAGGUUCCUUGGAGGCAGCCUCGGCGGUUGAGGGUGAUGGGGACGACCGUUUCAAAUAUUUUAGAUCUCAGACUGCAGGGGCAGACAUUUCCGAGAUCGUCAACUCUAUGAACCGGCGCAAGAGCUCUUCCGAUGAGAGCGAUGAUUUUAUGCGUAGAGUGCAAUUCACGGCUGUUGAAGAGCCCGACAACGGGCGUGCUCCAAUUGCGCGUCGUUGCACAACCCUCCCCGAGGGCCAUGGUCCGGCCACUGCCAGUGAGUUGUUGUUCUUCCACGUUGACAUAUACUCAGCGGGGGACGACGAGCGUUUUGUUCCCACAGUUCGCUUUAAGCGCGCCCCUAAGGAGGUUAAGCCACGUUCAGACGCUCGGUUCGCUCGUCUGUUUGAGUCGGACGAGGGUCCUCGAAAGGGCGGCCCUAAGAUCGACCCUUUCGGCCGACCUCUAGGGGAUGUGUAUGACGAGGAUUCGUCCUCUAGUGACGACGAGUCGGAGGAGUCCGCUGAGGAGCUCGCCGCCGAUUCCACUACCGAGGCAGAUGAGAAGAAAGAUGACAUAGAAUACGGUGAAGCAAGUAACCGUCUUGCGGUUGUCGGCUGUGACUGGGACAACAUCAACGCGUCUGACUUGUUUGUCUUAUUCGAGACUAUGUACCGCACUCUGACAUCAAAUCACACCGGAUGUGUGCGUCGCGCAGCAGUAUACCUCUCCGACUUCGGUAAGGAACGAUUGGAACACGAGAACCUGCACGGUCCAUCGCUGCAAUCUGGCGAGGACUUGCGUGACGAAGAGCUCGAUGAAACAGCUCGCCAGGAAGCGCUGCGAAAGUACCAGGCAGAGCGCGCUCGUUACUACUACGGCAUCGUCGAAUUCGAAGGCGAGGAGCCAGCCAAGCUGUUGUACGACGAGAUGGACGGUAUUGAGGCCGAUUUCGCGUUUUCCGGUUUGGAUUUACGUUUCGUGCCAUCUGACAUUACGUUUGAGCGCGAGCCGACAUCCGAAUGCUUCGAAAUCCCGAGUAACUACGAGCCUCCCCUGGCAAGCACUUCUGCAUUUCGCCACUCCCGCGUUGAGUGCAAGUGGGACAUGCCUUCGAUGAAGCGCUUCAAGACGCUGACUAAGAAGUUUAAGGAGCAAGACAUCGAGUCCCUCGAGCUGCAGGAGUACCUGGCAUCCGACGAUGAGGAGGUAGACGUCUCUAAAUACAAGUCACUUCUGACUGAGAAGCCGGAGCCCCCUAAACCCGUUAAGACCGAUGACGGCAGGGUGAAAACCAAGGUUGGGAAGUACACGAUAUCGUUCGGCGCGCCGGAAGGCAUUCCCGAUUUGGCUGAGAUCGAUUUAGCCAGCAAAAAGACCCGCAAGGCGAAGUCGAAGUCCAAGCGCGACCGUGACAGCGCCGACUUGGAAGCUGAUGACGUGCGUGACUUCGACGCCCGUAAACCGCAGGAGCAGCAGCCCGGUUUCCAGGGUGACUUCGAGGAUCGUCGCUUCAACCGCGUGCUGAAGGAUCCCGAUUUCGCAAUAGACACUCGCCACCCGAAGUAUCGCGUACGUGCCUGCGCGUUUUGUAAUGACGCUGUGUCAGAACACGGAUUUCAACAAGAAUCUCCUGCGGAAGAAGUCCGAGUUAAAACGUUCGCAAUGAGUAUAAAUUUCGACACGUCGCUAUUGCGCCGUUUUCUGUUGGCGGGCGGCGACGGCACUGCUGCCGAGGAGCUUUUGCGCAACGUCUCUGUUGAGGAGAUAGUCCUCAGCCUGUCUCAGCUGGGUGACGAGUGCUUCCCCAGUAGCUACGAUUAUGAGAGUGAUGGCGCCUCCGCUGCGAGCGACCAUUACCUGGGAAUCCUGCUCGUGCGCGUGUUGGAUAAGCUGCUGACCAAGGACAGAACCAGAGCGCUUUUGCAGAACCAACAGGUCGCCGACUUGCUAUCGCAACGUGUUCCGUCCAGCUCGUAUCCCGUGCGCCGGUUGUUUGCGUCCAAAUGCGAACUUUACUUUUGUGGAAGCGACAGUAGCAGCGAGUCUCUGGAGAACGUGCUUUGGGAGCUCUUGCUGGACCCCGAGUAUCGCAUUUUUGAACACUGCUCACGGGCUAUAUCCGCGAUACUGAGGCGCCGCCCGGGUUCCCUUGACGAGAAGCGCCUGGAGAUGAUACGGACCACUAUGCGUGAUUCCGAUUCCGACAGCGUCAUCUCCGUUCGAAUGGCCGAAUUCUGCGCGCACAUUGGCGGUACAUCAGAUGCUGUCUUCAAGACACUCCUGGAUGCCGGCUUGUGCAGCGCCUUGUUGGAUUUGUACAUGAAUGCCGACAGUUUGGUCAAGCUAAACAUUUUGGAGCUUUUGGACCGCAAUGCAGUGUUUGUUUCCCGCCUUCUGGCGUCAAACACAAUCACGCACGAUUUCAUUGCGUAUGCAAUUUCCGUGACUACUGGUGGUGGCGAUUCAUCCGACAAUGUCCUGCUCGCUCCGUAUCUGUUGAGGAUGAUGCUGUCGAUGCUGCCACAUAAGAACAUCCUGACGCCAGAAGACUGCAAAUCUCUGAGCAGAUCCGUAUCAGGCGUCAUUAUGGAAAGUAACGCACAGAAAGCAUCGCCGCUUUUCUUAUCAGCGCUUCAGAACUUCGGCACGCUUUACCUCCUGGGCUACAUACCGGCAGAGGUUUGUCGCAAUUUGGAGGAAAAGGUGAACUCUACCGUUGACGACCGCGUCAUCGCGUCAAUGGUUGCAAGCCUCGACGUCAUGUGCGAAGCGGGGCUAGAGAGUGACAAAUUUGCAGUAUUGCGUGAUCUGACACGAUGUGUCGUCGCCGCACUGUCGCGUUUCCCUUUCUCCGACGUACGCGAAACUGCGUACUGCUACUUGUUGAAAGCCCUCAAGUAUGACGAUGUGGUGCUUGAUCUGUUGGAUCACGAGUCCAAGACGCGUCUGUUUAGCAGCGAGGAGAACCUGCACGCGAACACCGUUGCGAAGAAGCGGCUAACCAGACAACUAGUGAAACGUAUGGAUGAGCUUAGCGCCGGAUCUGCCAGUUCUAUGGGCAACGAAGGAAUCGCUUUACUGCGCAAAUGA